CGGGCUAAACCAAAAUGCACGGUCAAUGAUAAUCAAAUUCACUACAAAACAUUUUCAUUUACUAUAAGAAUCACUUAGCAUGUGUCUAGCUUUUCAUCCAAAACAUUCACUUCAAAAUAUUAAAAUACAAUGGUGUUUGUCAGGUCUCUUGUUUUGUUACUAAAAUUUCUUUUCCUGUAUUCACUUUUCACUUUCACAUUUACUACAUGUUUUCCUCAAAUUCAGCCAAAGUGUCAUCAAUAUGAAAGCCAUGCCUUGUUGCAAUUUAAGGAAGGCUUUGUCAUCAAUAACUUAGCCUCUGAUAAUCUUCUCGGUUAUCCAAAAACAGCAUCUUGGAACUCCAGCACAGAUUGUUGUUCAUGGGAUGGCAUUAAAUGUCAUGAGCACACAAAUCAAGUGAUUCACAUUGAUCUUAGUAGCAGCCAACUCUAUGGUAAAAUGGAUGCAAAUAGCAGUCUCUUUCGCCUUGUACACCUUCGAGUUCUUGAUCUUUCUGACAAUGACUUCAAUUACUCUCCAAUCCCGUCCAAGAUAGGUCAGCUUUCACAAUUAAAACAUCUGAACCUUUCCCUUAGCUUAUUUUCUGGAGAAAUUCCACCACAUGUUUCACAGUUGUCAAAGUUGUUGUCUCUUGAUCUAGGCUACAGAGCUAUAGUACAUCCUAAAGGUAGUACAUCCAAUUUGUUGCAACUCAAAUUGUCUAGUCUCAGAAGCAUAAUUCAAAACUCAACAAAAAUUGAGAUCCUUUUUCUUAGUUUUGUGACAAUUUCAUCUACUUUACCAGAGACACUCACAAAUCUAACUUCGUUGAAAGCACUAUCUCUAUACAAUUCUGAAUUGUAUGGAGCGUUUCCGGUUGGAGUAUUUCAUCUUCCAAACUUGGAACUUCUGGAUUUGAGAUAUAAUCCAAAUCUCAAUGGAAGUUUGCCUGAGUUUCAGUCUAGUUCACUCACCAGGUUAGGACUUGAUCAAACAGGUUUCUAUGGUACACUGCCAGUAUCCAUUGGGAAGCUUAGUUCUUUAAUUCUUCUAUCAAUUUCAGAUUGCCAUUUUUUUGGAUAUAUUCCUUCUUCGCUUGGCAACCUCACACAACUCAUGGAUAUAGACCUUUCAAAAAACAAAUUUAGGGGCAACCCUUCUGCAUCCUUGGCAAAUCUUACCCAACUAAGAUUAUUGGAUAUUAGUCACAAUGAAUUUACUAUUGAGACAUUCUCAUGGGUAGGUAAGCUUUCAUCAUUAAUUUCCUUGGAGAUAUCCUCAGUCAAUAUUGGCAGUGAGAUCCCAUUAUCUUUUGCAAAUCUCACUCAGCUAGUACUUUUAAGUGCAGAAAAUAGCAAUAUAAAGGGUGAAAUACCAUCUUGGAUUAUGAACCUAACAAAUUUAGUUGUCUUGGACCUACCCUUUAAUUCUUUGCAUGGAAAGCUAGAGCUUGACACGUUUCUGAAACUCAAAAAGCUAGCUGUUCUUAAUUUAUCAUUCAACAAACUGUCAUUGUACAGUGGAAAAAGGUCUUCCCAUAUGACCGAUUCUCGAAUUCAAAGCUUAGAAUUGGAUUCAUGCAAUUUAGUUGAGAUUCCAACAUUUAUAAGAGAUCUCGGUGAGCUGGAAUAUCUUGCGUUGGCAUUAAACAAUAUAACAUCGCUACCCAAUUGGUUAUGGGAAAAAGAAAGUCUACAAGGCUUAGUUGUUAACCAAAAUUCAUUGACAGGAGAAAUAACCCCAUUAAUAUGCAAUCUCAAAUCACUCACAUAUCUUGAUUUAGCGUUCAACAACUUAAGCGGCAAUGUUCCUUCAUGUCUUGGAAACUUUAGCCAAUCUUUACAAACACUAGCUCUAAAAGGGAACAAAUUGUCUGGCCCCAUUCCUCAAACAUACAUGAUAGGAAAUUCCCUUCAGCGGAUUGAUUUUAGCAACAACAUUCUGCAGGGUCAGUUGCCAAGGGCAUUGGUAAAUAGCAGAAGCCUAGAGUUCUUUGAUGUUAGUUAUAACAAUAUCAAUGAUUCAUUUCCAUUAUGGAUGAAAGAUUUACCCGAGUUGAAGGUAUUGUCUUUAAGUAACAAUGAAUUUCAUGGAGACAUUAGGUGCUCUGACAACAUGACAUGCACAUUUCCCAAACUUCACAUCAUUGACCUUUCUCACAAUGAAUUCUCUGGAAGUUUUCCAUCAGAAAUGAUCCAAGGAUGGAAAACAAUGAAAACUACCAACACAAGUCAAUUACAGUAUGAAUCUUACUCGACAUCGAACAGUGCAGGACAAAUUCGUACAACACAAAGUACGUUUUAUACAUUCACAUUGUCAAACAAAGGGUUUUCAAGGGUUUAUGAGAACCUUCAGAAUUUCUACAGCUUAAUAGCCAUUGAUAUUUCAAGCAACAAAAUCAGUGGAGAGAUACCACAAGUGAUAGGCGAGUUAAAGGGUCUUGUUUUGCUCAACUUGUCGAAUAAUAUGCUUAUUGGAAGCAUACCAUCUUCCUUAGGGAAGCUUUCAAAACUUGAAGCACUAGAUCUUUCUCUCAACAGUCUUUCAGGAAAAAUUCCCAAACAGUUGGCAGAAAUCACCUUUUUGGAGUACUUAAAUGUGUCCUUUAACAAUCUCACAGGUCCUAUACCACAAAAUAAUCAGUUUUCCACAUUCAAAGAUGAUUCAUUUGAGGGUAACCAAGGUCUGUGUGGGGAUCAAUUGGUGAAGAAGUGUAUAGAUCAUGCAGGGCCUUCGACUUUUGAUGAUGAUGAUGAUGACGACUCAGAAUCAUUCUUUGAAUUAUACUGGACAGUUGUUCUGAUUGGAUAUGGCGGUGGACUUGUUGCUGGAGUUGCAUUGGGAAACACUUACUUUCCGCAGGUAUUUGAAUGGUGUAGAGAUUACCUUGGCGUUUCAUUUACAUUAUUUCUUAAUAAGAUUUUUAAGAGACAUUAGUGAGUUGUUUUUAUGUUAUAGCUUAAAAGGGUCAUGUGAGUCCAAAGCAAUAAACAUAUUAGUCCAAUAUUUGUCUUAGUUUCCUUCUGUUCUUGUAAUUGCAUUCUGUAAGAGUUUCCUUUCUAUGUAAAAGCAAUAAAGGUUGUUUGAAAGAGUGUGCUUUGAAUUACAUUUUGAUAUUUCAGUGAGGUUUAAUCUGAACACCAAAAAGUAGAAUUCUGUGUCCUAUAUGAAUUGAAUUUUUAUAUGUGUAGUCUUCUUUUUCUGCUA